AUGACGACCACCAGUGAAACUAAGAAAUUAAACACUGAUAUAUACGAAAUUAGAAGAAUUAAAGCUAGUGAUUAUGAGGAUGUAACUAAGACUUUAACAGUGUUGACAACAGUAGGAGUAGUCACUAAGGAAAAGUUCCACAAAUUGCUUAAUUAUUGGGACUCUGUUAAAUUACCAGACAGACCUGAUGAGAGGAUGUUUAAUCCUUUAGUUAUAGUAAAUAAAAAGACAGGCAAAGUUGUAGCAACUGGUAUGCUAUUGAUUGAGCCUAAAAUAAUACACGAAUGUGGAUUUGUAGGCCACAUUGAGGAUAUUGCUGUUGCUAGUAGUGAACAGGGUAAAAAUUUAGGGUAUCAUUUGAUCAGAUCAUUAGUGGAAACAGGUAAAAGAUCAGGAUGUUAUAAAAUCAUACUUGAUUGUGAUGCGAAGAAUAUAGGCUUUUAUGAAAAGUCAGAUUUUAGUAAAGCUGGUAUUGAAAUGCAAAUUCGAUUUUAA